UCAUCUUUUUCCUAUUGUGCAUCAUCACAUCUUGCUCCUCUGCCAUUAAUGAUUUUCCCAAACAGAAGAAAAAAAAUCUUGAUAUAUAUACAUACAGAAUACAUAUAAAUGAUUAUUGUAUAUGUAUAUAUCACCAUCUUCCAACUGUUAACCAAAAUUAUAGAUGCAUGCAGUUUCUUACGAUACAAUUGUGUGUCUUUGUGUGAAUCCCAUAAAAUCAUUUUGAUUUAAACCCAAAAAGCUGAAAAGAAUCUAGAAAAAAGGAAGAAGUUUGUAUAUGUGAAAAUGGGGUGUGUACAAUCAAAAAUAGAAAAUGAAGAAUCAGUUUCAAGAUGCAAAGAAAGAAGGAAUCUGAUGAAAGAGGCUGUUGCUGUGAGAAAUGCAUUUGCUUCGGCUCAGUCGGGCUACGCCGUAUCCCUCAAAAACACCGGCGCCGCCUUGAGCGAUUACGGUGCCGGAGAGGUGCCUCCGCCACUACCAGCUAUGGCGGUGGGCCCCGGAGAACCAUCUGUUACAGAGCGACCCCCUCCACCGCCGCCGCAUUCUAUGGUGGAGUCCAGUCUGCCUCCUCCUCCACCUCCACUCCCGAGGUUUUCCCCCCUCCCCCCCAUCCAGCGUUCCAUGACCAUGCCUGCGGCGCUAUCUCACUCGGAGAAAAUGAAGAGAAAAAUUAAUGGUAUUUCCAUUGACGAGAGUGAUGAAGAAGAAGAGGAGGAGGAAGAAGAGAAAGGAGGGCUGAAUAGGAGGAAAAAAGGUGAUGAGGAGGUGGGCCCUGAAACCCCGAUAAGAACCCCUAAUCCGCCCCCGCCACCGGACCUUAAAGGCGGGGCGUGGGAUUAUUUUUUCAUGGGGGACAAUAUGCCUGGGCAGUCGUUGGACGAGGUGGAGGAAGAAGAGGACGAGGAGCGUUAUAUGGAAGGACAAAGCAAUGAAAAUGGGAAUUUCAACAAUGUAGGUGACAAUAACAUGGAGUUCAAGACGCCGGAGAAAAAUGUAGGAUUCCCGGCGGCUGAGGAUUUCAGAACGCCUGAGGAGACGCCGGUGACUGAGGUAAUGGAGAAGCAAUUCGUUCAUUCGAACACAGCACCACCUGGGAUGAGUACAGGAGGUAUUGGUAGUAGCGUGGAUUUGUCAAAGAUUUUGGGUGAGAUUGAUGAUCAUUUUCUUAAGGCUUCCCAAAGUGCACAAGAGGUGUCGAAGAUGCUGGAGGCAACCCGGUUGCAUUACCAUUCAAAUUUUGCUGAUAAUCGAGGACACAUUGACCAUGCGGCGAGGGUCAUGCAAGUUAUUACAUGGAACAAGUCUUUCAAAGGUGUACCAAAUGGUGAUGGCACGAAGGAUAACUUGGAUGCAGAUGAUUAUGAGACGCAUGCCACUGUUUUGGAUAAGUUGCUAGCAUGGGAGAAAAAGCUAUAUGAAGAAGUGAAGGCUGGUGAGCUUAUGAAACUCGAGUAUCAGAGGAAGGUUUCAGCAUUGAACAAGCUGAAAAAACGCAAUGCUAGUCCUGAACAGUUGGAGAGAGCAAAAGCUGCUGUUACUCAUUUGCAUACUCGGUAUAUAGUUGACUGGCAAUCUUUGGAUUCAACUGUAUUAGAAGUGAAUGAUAUACGUGACAAGCAGUUGUAUCCAAAACUUGUUGCUCUUGUUCACGGGAUGGCGAAGAUGUGGGAAUCCAUGUGCAAGCAUCAUGACAGCCAGCUAAACAUUGUUGCCGAACUCAAACCCCUUGAAGUUUCGGGAACUCCCAUUGAAACAAGCAAACAUCAUCACGAGCGUACAAUCCAGCUUUGGAGUAUCGUCCAGGAAUGGCAUUCGCAAUUUGAAAAGCUUGUUACUAAUCAAAGGCAAUACAUCCAAGCCCUUAACAGCUGGUUGAAGUUAAAUCUUAUCCCAAUUGAGAGCAGCCUAAAAGAAAAAAUCUCAUCACCCCCAAGAGUUCAGAAACCUCCAAUCCAGCCUCUUCUGAUUUCUUGGCACGACCAACUCGAGAAGCUUCCAGAUGAGGUUGCCAAAAGCGCAAUUUCUUCCUUUGCUGCUGUGAUAAAGGCCAUUAUUGACCAUCAGGAGGAAGAAAUGAAGCUGAAGGAGAAGUACGAAGAUACCAGAAAAGAGCACAUGCGAAAAAACCAGGCAUUCCAAGAAUGGUAUCAAAAGUACAGCAUGCAGUACAGAACCCCAGACGAGGCUGACUCGGAGAAAGCCGUGAGCUCCAACACCAAGGACCCCCUUUCUGACAGACAGUUUGUGGUAGAAAGCUUGAAAAUGAGGAUGGAAGAGGAAAUGAAAGAUCAUCAGAAACUCUGUAUUCAAGUGAGGGAGAAGUCACUUGGGAGUCUAAAAAUCCGGUUGCCUGAGUUUUUCCGAGCUUUGUCUGACUAUGCUCAUGCGUGCUUUGAUUCUUACGAAAGACUGAGAUUGCUUACACUAUCGCAGCAUCAUGUGAACCGGGGUUCAUAGUUGUUUUUCUAUUGCAUGGUGGACUCCAGUGUGUUCAUGGAGGAUUGUUUUCUAUCUUAAAAGUUUGUGCAACUCUAGGGAGAAGUUUUUAUUAGCGUGUAGUGUACUCCCAUUUAUGGUUCUCUUGUGAACACAUCCUCGAUUUAGCCUUCAUUCUCUUUCA